UUAGCUGGGCUCAAGAAAGCAUUUUUUUUUAAUGUGAAACGUCUGAUACCGCGAUAUGCAUUACGGGCAUGGAAAAACUACAUAAUAACUAAAUAAACAUUUACCAUACAAAUAAUAUCACGAUAUAUCAUUAUUUAUCUUUGAACUCACUUUACUUAAAAUAAUAAAUAGUAAUAUAGGUCAUUUCAUCCACGAAGUCUCGCCCUACUACCAUUUAAGAAGGAGUGUCGUAGGCUAAGGGGAAUGGUCCAAGCAGGGGCCUUAUUCUCUAUCCCGCACAUUAUUUUAACAGUGCGUAACAAGCACGUAACACAACGCAUCAUGUUUAGGACACGGCCGCGUUACGCGUUUACACUAUCAUACAGAAUAAGGGCCCAGUUCCCGAUGUUAACCAUCGUAGUGUGUACAUUCAUGCUGCUCAUACACAUUGUAAGCGAUUAGGGAACGUUGUGGGGCGCGUGAUCGAUUUAAUAGUAAAUGCCUAUUGUAUAUGUUCCAGACCGCACGGUCCGCGGCUGGGACCUGUCGCUGGGCACGGAGGCGUGGCGCGGCUGGUGCGGCGGCGCGGUGUCGGCGCUGGCGGCGGGCGAGGCGGACGGGCGCGGCGAGGGCCGGCUGCUGCUGGCGGCGGCGGGCGGCGCCGUGCGGCUCUUCGACACCAGGAGCCGCACGCCGCUCACCACGCUCUGGUCGUCUGGCGUGAGCGGGCCGUGUCCGUCGAGCCGCGGCAUCGCGGGCGAGGUGGCGGUGACGGCGCUGGCGCUGGCGCACUCGCACCGCCUCUACACCGCCGCCGGGGACAAGCUGCGGCUGUGGGAUCUGCGCAUGUUGGAGAGCAUUUGCAAAGUGUGGUCAGGCCACGCGGCGGCAGUCAUGUGUCUCGCACUGGGCAUGGGCACCAACGGCGAUCUCGUCGCGACCGGCUCGAAGGACCACUACGUCAGGACCCUGGAGAUGCAACCCCAAGAUGCAGGUGGUUGGGAAGCGAGCAAUCGUCGUUUGCUCGAGCCGCCGCACUACGACGGCGUGCAGGCGCUCGCGCUCUGCGACGACGUGCUGUACAGCGCCUCCAGGGACACCAGCCUCAAGCGGUGGAGUCUCACCGACAACUCGCUUACACAUAGCGUGAUGAACGCGCACAAGGGCUGGGUGACGGGCGUGUGCGUGUAG